ACAGGAAAGACAGAGAGACAGAUAGAAAGAGAAACGUACAUAGUAUAACUCCCAUCUAUCUACCAUUCUUUGCAAAACAACCAGUCAGCUAUGCCUUCAAGGUGAAGAACAAAGAAAACAAAACGAACAAAAUCUAGUAAGAAAAUGGAAGACACCACAAACAAACCCACCUACCAUUCUCCACCUAAUUCUCAACUCCAAGGUAUCCAAGGGAAUGAGAAAGAAGUUGAUGUUGGUGAUCAGUAUGUUUUAGUUGGAGAAGAGGAAACAAAAGAAGGGUUUUAUUCUAUAUCUGCUGCAUCAUUGAUUUCUGCAGGGGAUAGUCAAAUGGAGGAAGCUUCAAAUGGCAAAAUAGAAGACACCCAGAAAGUGGAAUCUCAGGAAGAGAAUGUGGAGGUGGAAAGUUUGGUUGAAAUUGCAAAUGGGAAAUUUGAGGAGACUCAGAAAGUGGAACCACAGGCCGAGUAUAUCGAGGUGGCGAUUGAGGAUGUUGGGGAGGUCAAAGCCGUGGAUGAAUCCGUGAAAGAAAUUCUUAUUGAUGAGAAUUCCGAGUCUGUGGAUCAAUCAUAUGAUGGUGGUGAUUCAGGUUUGAGAACCAGCAAUUUUGACAAAGAGGAGAAGAGUUCUGAGGUGGUUGAUUCAGGUAAGUAUGAGGAAGAGGAGAAAGAGGUUUCUCACUCGGUUGCUGACUAUGUUAAGCCUAUUGUGUCUUUAUCUAUGGAUUUCAGUCAAGGUGUAGAAGAACCGGCUGAGAAUUUGACUGGAUUGGAAUCGAAGGAAAACGAGGAGAAAGUUCCACUAUCUUUAGAGAAGAGUAAUGGGAUUUCUCCGGUCAAGGCAAACGAGGAGGUGAAGGGGAUUGAGGAAACAAAACUGCCAUCUCCAGAUGAGAAUGAUGGUUCUUAUGAGGUUGCAAAAGAAACAACAUUGCCGGCCUUGGGAGAGGAUGGUAAAGUUCCCGAGGUGGUGCAAAAGGAAAUUGAGGAAACAGAAUUGCUGGCAUCAGAUGUGAGUGUUGCAGAGGCAUCAACUGGUGUUUAUCAGUCAUCAAAGGAAGAAGCUAACGAUUCAUUGCAGCCAUUGGCUAAUGCUCCAGCUGUUGACACAAGUAAUGUCGGUGAAGAGAGCAACAAGACUGAGAUUCCUGAAAGCACAGGAAAUCCGCAUAUUAUAUCAGUGUCUCAACGCCCCCUGCAACCAACUUCUUGGAAGAGUUGCUGUGGAAUUUUUGAAGUUCUACGCCGCUCUGAUAGAUAACUCAAGAAAAGAGAAUGUCGUGGGAUCGAGCAGUUAUAUUGUGAAGUUUGCAGACGAGUGUAAAGUAUCGUGGAAGCGUUAAUAAGUUGUGGUACAAGAUAUUCGUGCAUGAAAUGUAUUGAGACUAGUUAAAUAGAGAGUUUUAUAUUCAAAUUUGUUAUGCAGCUCAGAUUUGUAGUGCGAGUGGAGUGCAUUCUUUAUCAGUCAGUCCUGCUUUUAUAUGUUGUUUUUUUUUCCCUUAUGAAAUGGUGGUGUUUUAUGAUGAUUGAUUGAUUGUUGUCAAGAAUUUGUUGUGAUAGUACCCAUACAUUACAGUACAUGAUUUAUUCAUUUGUAUUUUCAGUUUA